UACCCACGCACCACGUGUUCACUGUAGGGUUCCGCCCACUUGUCCGUCAUUUUGACUCUGUAUUUGCAUUGAUUUCAAUUGAUGGCGCAAUUUAAAAUGCAUUUCAUGGAAGACCCGGUGCUUUCUGAUGCCGCAAACUCACUGGAUCUGUUGCAUAAAAGGCGUUAUGAGGAAAAGCUUCGUUCUAUACAGUCGCCAGAUCCAUAUUUGAUGCCCAAAUCGAUGUUUUUCGACCCACUGUCUUCGCCCUGUCUGCCUGACAUCUCCUACGCUGAUAUUUAAAAUGAUCUUGUCCACACAAAAUCAGCCUAUUCUCACGAAAAACUUCAAGAGCUUGGACGCUUAUAAAUACUUCGUUGCUGGUUGGGUGAAACAGGUCCUCGUUUGGCAGGAAUCUAUCUUGUGCUUGGAAAGAGAAAUGACGGAGAAGAUAACAGAGAAGCUUCUACUGGAGAAAGGUUCUCCAAAAACCAAGAGGCUCGAGGACAUCAAGACAUUAAAGCUUUCCAAACUAGGGUUGAAGUGUUCAGACUUGCCUGUCAAACUCCUCUCCCGUCUUCAGUCCCUGGAGCGCUGCGAUUUGUCUGGGAACCGAUUGCAAGAAUUCCCCAAAAACUUGGAGCUGCCCAAGUUGCGCUUCUUGGACCUUAGUGACAACCAGAUGGAGGAUGUCACCUCAAUGGCAUCCCUGUGCAGCCUGGAGGAGGUCAUGAUGGAGGACAACCUUUAUAUCACUGUGAGUGACAAUUACAAGCUAAUGACGCUGCUGCCCAAUUUGCGAAGUUACAAUGGUAAAGACAUCACCAGCACCGCCAACCACGUACGCUUCGUGUUCACGGAAAACCUCAGGACGCGGAUUGUUGCCUUGUGGGAGAAAAGCUACAGCCUGCCGGUUCCCGUAACAUCAAACAAAAUGGCCGUCCUGGAGGAGGACUUUGUUAAUGCAGUGCGGAAGCAAGUGAAAUAUGGACCAAAUUCAGUUAGCGACUUCACUAAAUGGAAGGUUGAGAUCAUGGCCAGGGAGUAUCUGCGCUCGUUGACAGAGGAGGACUCAUCAAACGAAAUUGAUACCAUGGCCAGGGAGUAUCUGCGCUUGUUGACGGCACCAAAGGAGGUCUCGCCAAACAAAGUAAAUGAGGUCUCGACCACCAUUAAAAGGAAGGAAACUCCACUGUCGACGUACAGCGACGUACGGCUGAUUCCUCGUAAAAAGUCGCGAUCUGAUCCUGAAGAUGCCGUGAUUCCUGCCACGAGGCGUCAGUGUUCCUUGGUGCCCAGACGCGUACCUGCGAAGAAAGAGGCUGUCAGCGGGUGUUUGACAACGCCAGUCAAUAGAGUUAAGAGCGGACCGAAGAAUGAGUCAAAUGAUGAUUUGAUAAAGAGCAUCAACAAGACGCAGCCAGUGCGUCUGCAGCCCCUUCACGUCCUGCAGUGUCACAGCAAGCAGGACAACUCGGAAGACUUCUCCACUCAGCUUUGGGCCUGUGCCUUCCAGCCUCAGCAGGACUCCUCCGGAAGUCGCAUAGUUGCGACAUGCGGUGGAGAUUCUUUGUGCCUUAUCGACUGUGAGACUGGCAUGGUGAUGAAGAAGUAUAAAGUCACUGGAGAGGAAUUUUUCUCACUGGCCUGGUCAACGGUCCUGAUGUCCCGAGGGGGGGGAGCUUCGGCGCAGCCUUGCAACAUUCUUGCGGCGGGCGGAAAGCGAGGCUUGGUCAAGCUGAUCCACCCCCGGUGCAACGUGGCGUAUGGCGAGUUCCGUGUUAGCCGCAGGGCCUUGUCCAUCCUUCGCUUCAACCACCGCCAAGGCAACUUCCUAUUUACGGGCUCUUACGACAACAAGAUUGUGUUAUGGGACAUCGGCGGAAUUGACAGCACGUACAACUUUAAAGUUGUGCAACUAUUAACACUGGAAAGCAGCUCUACCCCGCUGCACAUCUGCCUGCCACCCACCAAGCCCGAUGCACAGCUCCUGGCAGCAUGCGAGGACGGUCUACACUGGUACAACACGCAACUUGCGCCCAAGGGCGGUACCAAGAGGUCUAUCGAAGCAGAAGUAACCUUCCCUGUUUACAAGAACGAAGACAAAGAUCUCAACUACCACACCGUGGACGGUCUCGCGUUCCUCACUGAUGAUAUCGUGGCCUCCAAGAACUUUUCGUACAGCUGCAUCUAUCUGUGGAGCUGGAGUCAAACGCGAUCGCAACGGCGUGACAAGAACGGGCAUGUGCGCGCAGCCGUACUGGCCGAGCUGCGCUGGGCAAACACGGAGAUUCCUUACUUGGCGCUCAGCACCUGUCCCGGCCGAUCUUACAUCGUGUGUGGUGACAACGAAGGCAAAUUGUGGACGUAUCACAUCACUAAACUCCAGACGGACAAUUUCCAGACCGGAAAGCCCAUUGAGCCCACGGAGGUGCUCCAGUGGCCUGCCCCUGUCCGGCAGGGCCUUGGCCCGCUGGAAGGUCCAUCCAUCAACAGUGUGGCCAUAGACCCCGAAUUCCAGUACCUGGUGGCCCUCAGCGACAAGAACAUGGUGAUGGUGUGGAAGAGGACGCCCUGAACAAUUGAAUACCACCUAUUAAUACUACUUGAAAUGUUUUGUGAGAUUCGACACUCGUAUGAGAAUCCAAUGUUCUUUGGAUUAAUUUCCAAAUCUUAAAAGAGAUCAGUGGUUAUCUAAUGUGUAAUGUAAGCCACUACUACAGUAUGCAAACAUGCGUAACACCUCAGCAAUUAACUUACUGGCUGCCAUUGACAGCAAUAGAUGUCCAAUCAAUUUGAAAUCCCAGUUCAGAUGGAAGGGACAUCUACAAGUAACAAAUGUUUUUUUACUCAUAAUUUUAGUACAAGACCCUUUACACUGUAUUUUAAUCUUUCACAUUGUGCAUUUUUACUCAAGGAUUUGUCACUGUGAUGUACAGUACACCGUUGUAGUGAGUUAGUCACUAUUUUUACAGUCACUGAAGGGCAUUCCACCAAGACAAUGAAAUGUUUAAAAAUGGGCAACAUUUCUUGUUUGCUUCAAUUGUCAUUUUUUAUCAAAAUGGUCUAAGAUUUUCAUGUGCAUUAUUGAAUGAUUUUUUUCCCAAA